AGGUUAGACCCGUUUUCUACAUAUUUUGAACUGUGUUUACUAAGAGGCUGUUCGGCAACCAGAUGUUGCCUAACAUUUGGCAAAUGUCAUGUGAGGAUUCUCGGCUUCAAGCGUCUCAAUUGUCGGAGCUCAAACCUUACAUCUCAUACCUGUACAUCUACCAUGAACUCUUAUCUUAUUGACUGCUCUCGUCAGCAGAGACUCUGCACCUCUGUUAUUGCACUCACUGCUCUUUGUGCUAGCUUUACUACAGUCCUCAUGGCUCAACCUGAAGUAACAUCGAUGUUGGACAAUGUAAAGGCACACUGGCAAGACACAGAAGUGGACCUUCUACUCCAACACCUGAUUCAGAAUUGGGCAGCGGGUGGUGAUGGUGGGAACUUCAUGAUGCCCACCUUCAACAGCGCAGCCACUGCUAUCAACGACAAUCAUGCAAUUCAAACAAUAGGCCCUCCGAAGACGGGCAAGAUGGUUAAGACAAAGUGGACAUCGUCACGAGCUGUGAUGCGCCCCCUUCGCAACAAAGGGUGGGCUCCAUAUGACAACAUGCAGAUGAUCUUAGGCAAUAAUAGUGGCGUUCGUGGAAGGCAUGCGUUACACCCGGCUACUACACCUCCUCUGUCUGUCAAUACCACAGAUGACGUGCUUGAUGUUUUUGACGGAGGCCUUGACCUUCUUGAGAUGGAUGUAGACACUUCUGGAGCCGCUGCCCCCAGUGAUGUGCCCGACAUGAGCCCUGACUUGAUGAUGCCACCUAGUGCCCAACUUCAUGGAACCUCCGCUACUACUCAGGCUGCCGGCUCACAGUCCAGUAAACGCAUGCGCACUGACACUUUUGUCGACUCUUCAUCUCAACGCACUGCCCCUCCCACGUUCAUCAAUCCUGUUCCUCUUUCAUCAACGUUGGUAUCAUUACCAGCUCCCAAGAAGGCUGCUGCAAAGUUUGCUGCGAAGAUUACGCCAGCAGUUGCCGUCAUGAACAUGCAAGGUAGCAUCAACCGCCUCACAGAUGUUAUCGAGAAGACCAUAGCCGCUCCGCCUCCACCACCAGUCCCUCAGGUUGUUGUACCAACUGUACCAAAUAUCAUCUCUCAUGGCCUAGAGAUUAUGCACAGCAAAGAUGGGGAUUUUUUGUCGGUUGGUCAGAGAGCCAGUCUCCUGCGCAUAUUUUCCCUUGCAGGGGGGGAUAACAAGCUUGCUAUCUAUGUUGGGCUCAAGGAUGACUAUGAGACACGCCGUGCAUUUAUCUUAGAGCUCUUGGACUCUCUGCAGUAG